GCACAUACAAUCCUGUUAGUAAUCAGUUUACAAUUUUGUUUUCAGAAAUCAGUGUUAAAUGAGUGAAAUAUAACUAUUAACUUUAUUUAAAAUAGGUGAUUUUAGCACAUAUAACAACAAAAAGAUAGCCAGUAGCGCCACCAAUACAAAAAGGUGCUUGACAUAUUAGAAGAGUGCAACAAAAACGCAUUUUUCAACUGUGUGAGUUGGCAGCAGCCCGUAAAGUGCGUGUUGCAAAUACAUACAUGCCGCUUUAUGGAUCGAUAUUCGGAAUACGAAUAAUAAGAACAAGCAGCUACCCUUAUUUUUCGCAGAUUUUUUCACCAGUACAUCAGUUGGGUUGGAGGCUUUCGUAAAUAAGCAGAUUUAGUAGAUAAUUGUGUUGAAUUCGUGCUGCGUGCCCUUACAAAAUGUCCUAUCGUUUGAAAGCAACGAAAUGUCCCACAGACGAAUUGUCGGUGACCAACAAGGCCAUCGUGAAUAUCAACGAUUUUCCUGAAGAUGUUAAGUAUGCCGACAUAUCACCUGGCCCAGGUCAACAUUACAUAUUCGCACUCAAACACACCAACGAAGUGGCUCGGGGUCAUGUGGGAUUUUCGCUGGUGCAACGAAAGUGGGCUACACUUUCCAUUAAUCAGGAUAUUGAAGUGCGCCAAUAUCGUUUUGAUGCCAACUCCGAUGUCAUAACACUCGUCUCCUUCGAGACAGACUUUUUGCAGAAAAAAAUCACUUCUCAAGAGCCCUACGACUCCGAUCAAAUGGCUAAGGAGUUUUUGAUGCAGUUUGCUGGUAUGCCAUUGACAGUUGGUCAGACUUUGGUUUUUGAUUUUCAAGGCAAAAAGCUACUAGGACUCGCAGUUAAAACUUUAGAAGCCGUUGAUCCGAAGUCUCUCGGCGAGGGCAAGGAAACUAGCACCAAAAAUGUACGUUUCGGCCGCAUACUCGGCAACACAAUCGUACAAUUUGAGAAAGCAGAGAAUUCAUCGCUGAACUUGCAAGGCAAAUCAAAGGGAAAAAUUGUGCGUCAGUCUAUCAUCAACCCAGAUUGGGAUUUCGGCAAGAUGGGAAUCGGUGGCUUGGAUAAGGAAUUCAAUGCCAUCUUCCGACGAGCGUUUGCAUCGCGUGUUUUCCCACCCGAACUUGUGGAGCAGCUGGGCUGCAAACACGUCAAAGGCAUACUACUUUAUGGCCCACCUGGCACUGGAAAAACCUUGAUGGCCCGGCAAAUUGGUACCAUGUUGAAUGCGCGCGAACCGAAAAUUGUCAAUGGCCCACAGAUUUUAGACAAAUAUGUAGGCGAAUCGGAAGCAAAUAUACGCCGUCUUUUCGCGGAGGCUGAGGAGGAAGAGAAAAGGCUCGGCCCAAACAGUGGUUUGCAUAUUAUAAUUUUCGACGAAAUCGAUGCUAUUUGCAAGGCGCGUGGCUCAGUCGCUGGCAAUAGUGGUGUGCAUGACACAGUGGUCAAUCAGUUGCUAGCCAAAAUCGACGGUGUAGAACAACUAAACAACAUACUGGUUAUUGGAAUGACCAAUAGACGUGAUAUGAUCGACGAAGCUUUGUUGCGACCCGGUCGUUUGGAGGUGCAGAUGGAAAUCAGCCUGCCGAACGAGGAAGGUCGUGUGCAAAUUUUGAACAUACACACCAAGCGUAUGCGUGAGUUCAACAAGAUUGCCGGCGACGUCGAUAGCAAGGAAAUCGCUGUCUUGACCAAGAACUUCAGCGGUGCUGAGUUGGAGGGCUUAGUGCGUGCCGCACAAUCCACUGCUAUGAAUCGUUUAAUCAAAGCCGAUGCGAAGGUGCACGUCGAUCCGCAAGCAAUGGAGAAGCUAAAAGUUACACGCGGAGAUUUCAUGCAUGCGCUCGAGAAUGACAUUAAACCGGCUUUCGGUACAGCUCAGGAAAUUUUGGAUAAUAUGCUUUCACGGGGCAUCAUCAACUGGGGUCAGCCUGUUGCUAGUUUACUUGAAGAUGGUAUGCUGUAUGUGCAACAGUCGAAGGCAACCGAAAGUUCGGGUUUGGUUUCAGUACUCAUUGAAGGCGCACCUAACUCUGGCAAAUCUGCGUUGGCCGCUAAAUUAGCUAAAAUGUCCGAUUUUCCAUUCGUUAAAGUCUGCUCGCCAGAGGAUAUGGUCGGCUAUACCGAAUCGGCUAAAUGCUUGCAUAUUCGAAAAAUAUUCGAUGAUGCCUACCGCUCCACUCUGAGUUGCAUUGUAGUGGACAAUGUUGAACGUUUGUUGGACUACGGUUCCAUUGGGCCGCGUUACUCGAAUUUGACAUUACAAGCGUUGUUGGUGUUGCUGAAGAAACAGCCGCCAAAGGGACGCAAAUUGCUCAUCUUGGUCACAUCAAGCAGACGUGCCGUCUUGGAGGAAAUGGAAAUGUUGACCGCCUUCACAUCCAUUUUACACGUACCAAAUCUAUCGAGUGCCGAGCAUGUCGUAGCCGUGCUUGAGCACGCAGAGAUAUUCAGCAAGGGCGAAUUGCAGGCUAUUGGCAAAAAGAUGUCGGGCAAAAGGGUAUUCAUUGGCAUCAAAACAUUGCUCGGUCUCAUUGAUAUGGCGAGACAAACCGAACCCCAGCACCGAGCCAUCAAAUUCCUCUCAAAAAUGGAGGAAGAAAAUUUCUUAGGCAUGGGUCACAAAGAACAGUAACUAUUCCGUAGAGAAUUCAAUAUGUCUUUAGUGGAGCUUAAAGACGUGUUCUGAAUAUAAGGACAAAAAAUAAAUAUAAAGGAUUAACAAAUAAAUAUAAAUUAACAAAAUAUGAUACAUGCAUAUACGCAUACAAACGAAACUUAAGUAAAAAGAGAAACAAAAAACAAACAACAAUUAAAAAUUUAAAGGAAUUACAUAAAAUGCUAAUUAGUUGAAAAAGUAUGCAUGCAAAGAGAAUUACAAGCGCAGCGGUGUAUGAUGUAAAAUCAUAUACUUUUACUUUAAAAAUGUGGCUGCAAUGCUAAAUUGCAAAAAUAUUAAUUAAGCGAAAUUGUAAACAGCAUUGGUGGACGGUUUUUAAGCCGAUGAGAAAACACAAGCAGAUGGAUUGAUACGUUAGCAUCUUGGAGGUAGUCGGUUCAACGAGCCGAAUUUAUAUCCGACUAAUGCUGUAAACAGUGACCGACGUAUACGCAGUCCCCUGUCAGCUGUUACGAUCAAACUAAUGAGAACCCCAUGUAAAUGAAAAAUUCCUUCCUUCCGCAUCGUAGUAACGUAGAUUUUAUUUCACGAUUUUUGAAAAAUCCCGUAGAACCCUGUCAGCUGAUUGCCCUCUCACCACACAGUGUUGCCAGGCAGUACAUUUCGAAAUCACUUACAAAGUAAACUUAGAAAAAAUAUAAUUUUUAUUAAAAUAACUUAAAAACACUGUUGAAUAAUGUUAAUUGUAGAUAAACGAACUAUUUGCAUUUGUUGCUUUUGGCUUUGGUUUAUUAAACAAUGAAAAACUGUAACUGAUAACGCGGAUGUGUGAAAAAGUGUGUAAGCAAAAAUAUCAAUGGCAACAUUGUGUAGAUACAACCAAACACAUACACACACAAACCGAUGUAUUGUGUAAAUAUGUAAUUAAAAGAACGCAGUUGUUCUCACGGGAUGAGUUUUUGUGCUCGUUAGGGGCUGCGGUAAGGGACUGCGUACGUCGUUCACUGUUUUCAGCAUAAGAACCGUCACUCCAACAGCAUUUUCUCUCGUACAUGUUUGGGGAAUGUUUAUGCUGUUACAAUAACAACAUUCCCCGCUCAAGUAUGGGGUAUGUUUAUGCUGUUACAAAAACAACAUUCGUUAGCAACCUCACCAUUUUAAUGGAAAUGUUUUAUGUUAUUAUAACAACAACAAUUCGCAAGCAUCAAUUACAUAGUAUUAUAUGAGGCAGAAAACGAAAUACAAACUAGGCGCAAUUUAUAGACUUAAAUGUUGAUUUGAAACGAAAUAACGGUAUUAAGUGCUAAUGAAAAUGCGACACACGACGAGAAAGAGAGCAUAAGUUGUGAUUGAUUUGUAUGUAAAUGAAAAAUAUAAGCAAAUUUUUUGGACGUCAAAUAAAAUUAACUAGAACUAAUAGAAAAAGUAAAAAAAUUAUAUUUAUUGGCGAGCGCGCUGUUAAAUUAUACAAUUUCAUUACAUCCUUAUAACUUACUAACCACACCAUUCUUCUUGCUGCAACUUCCCUUAUCAGAAUUGUUGAACGCCUCUAAAACAAAAUCGCUUCACGUAAACCGUCCUACAAAUUGUGGCGUUAAAAUUAUCUGGUCUACGGCUUAUAAUUUUUCCCUACGAUGCUGCAUUUAGGGUAAUUUCCCUAUGAACUUUUUGUUUUUUUACUAAUACAUGCAUAUGCAUAUAAGAGUCCUACAUUCCGAAACGAUUUAAGUAAAGAAAAUUUUUAAAUUUUGUUCUAUCUAUGUAUGUAUGUAGUAGAAGUUGAGAAUCAACAAAUUUAUCUCAUGCGACAUUUUCCGACAUUCACAUGAAACACCAUUUGGUUCUAGCGCUUGUGUAAAAGCAAAUUUUGGAUUCAGCACUUAAAAAUUUGACUAUGCAGCUACCAAAAUAUAGCAUAAAGCGCGUGCUCGAUGAUCAAGUGAAUGUCCGAGAAUAUGUGCGAAUAUGUUCAGAAAAGUCGCUCAAUUAAAUGACAGCUCGAAGUUGAAUAAACGGCUUAGAUUUCUUCUGUUAGUAUGACUUAACCUAAUUAAAACGUAUUUAUUUGCAUAGUAAAUAAUUAAAAAAAAAACUCUUUAAUGUUAUACUAUACUUAAAUGUCUAAAUAUUAUUAAAGAACUGUUUAAACUAAUCCUCAAUUAGUACAAUUAAGGGAGUUAGCCGCCUAAUUAUAGUUAGUUUUCGUUUUACCAAUAAAUUGUAAAUAUAAUAUAAUUUGUAUGCUCAUAAUUUUAGUACGUACAGUCUGUUGGAAAAAGUGGUGUGAAGGAGUUAUGCAAAUUAAAUUAUCACGUUACUGCGCUAUGGCGCUAAAUUAUCAUAACUAAAAAGAUUUAAUGAAAUAUGGAGCCAUCACAACUCAGUGCACUUUGGUAUGAGGGGCUAGAAGGGACUCUUUAAGGCACUUUUUUGGUCCAGAGACGUGAAAAUUGAAGGCGUGGAAAAUUGAAGAAAAUUAAUCGGUAUAAAUUGAAAAUCGUUUUUAUUCAUUAGAUCAAUACUUUAUUUACAAAAAAAAAAUUUUUCUUUUUCCAAUGACAAUAAAAAAAAUUGUUUCCCAUGGCGCAACUGGUUGGGCUGCUCAGGUA